AGAUUGAUUUACCCCGAUGGCUGCCGUCAAAGAAACCACGAUUGAGUGAUAGAACCGAGUUGAUUCAACUCUCCAUGAAAGCGUUGAGUACAACUGGGAAAACUCCGGCUGAAGAUAAGCUGAUGAUCCACGAAGUAUUCAGGAAACACUUGUGUCAAUUGAUGAUUUUGAUUUCCCGGAGCAUUACGGGGAAGUGAUCACGCUGACUCUGGAACAGAGCGAGACACAGUCCAUCGCGCCAGACGUGUGGUAUGAGUUGUUGGAAGCCCUGUCCUGCUAUCGGUUUAGGCCAAACAUGACCAUGGCUCAAAUGAAGGAAGGUCUUUGCAAAUUCGCCACUGAACAGAGGAUUCUAUCGCAUAAUGAGAUUCGAGAAACUGUUCUGCUACUUGGGAACCAUUUCAUGAAGGAGCGCCUGCAGUAUGGAUUGUACGGCCUCUACCCCAAGUACAGAGACUACAUAGAUCCGUUCUGCACAUUUCUCGGUUUGGUUGGCCACGGUCUGAUUGCUAGUCGACUGUUGGCUGAUCGAGGAUCGCUUGGCGAUAAAUUGAGCGAACAGUUGUGGCCGCUUCUCGAGAGUCUAUUCUCGCCGUGGUUAAACCCGUACUUCACCCGCAACCUGUCCGAGCCAACGGCUGCUUGGAUCCAGCAACUGACCGACGACCGAUCCGUUUUGCCGCCCUGGAUCGUCACCGAUGUGGCGCACGCCAACAAAAUGGCCGCCAUGUUCACCGAGUGCAUACGAUUCAUGCUCGACACCUUACCAGGCUGCACAAAUAUUUUGAGCUUUGUUUGGCAAUUUUAUGUGAUAAAAUAUGCUCAUGCGUCAGUCAAGGAACACAUUCUGAACUUGAUGCACAGUCGACUGCUCACACUGCCUUGGAACCGGUUCAUGCCUUCCUUUCAGGAUAUCGAUCUUAUGCUAAGAGUUGUAGAUCAAUUCUUGCCCGAUUGUCACACAUUUUUGGGAGCGAUUUUCAUCGAAGUACAUUGGUACAACCUAGUCCAGCAUAUCACCGCCAACUGCUCGCCUCAGGCCGCUUCGAAAGCGCACAGUGCUCUUCUGCAUCUUCUAGUCAAACUUUCUAACGAACCUAACAUCAGACAGUCAGGCAAAGUGCUGCCUCUGCUGUUGGAGAGCCAGCAGUUCCAGUGGCACCUGAUUGAUGCGACCAGUUACGAGCUGGUGGCCAACUGGUUUGUCAUGAGCUAUGACCCACGUGUCAUCCUCCAGCUCACCGAUGAGGAGUGGACGGAACGAAUCGAUAUGGCUGUGCUCGAGUUACUUCAAGUAGCAGCCGGCCAUGUUGGAAAUGUCCCGCAAUACCAUCCGUCAACUCCAAAGAAACGUCUGAUAUUUGUGAGGGCCUCAGUCAAGUUACUGCUCUCGUGCCUCAGUCGAUACAAGCACCUCAUCAUAUCCAGAAUAAGCGAGGUGAAAGCAACUGUGCGUCGAAUGGUCGAUAAGAUUGAAACCUGUUUCAUUUCAA